AUGGAAGAAGGUUACCAAAACCGGACUGCUUUCAUUAAAGGUGCCAAAGACCUUGCCAAAGAAGUCAAGCGACAAGCUUCCAAGAAGGCAAACCGUUCAAUGGAUCGAAUGUCUGAUGAGUACAGCAGGCGCUCCUACAGCCGUUUCGAAGAGGAUGACGACGACGACUACCCGAUGCAAGGAAGCCAGGACGGUGGUUACUACCGUGGAGACAGUGUGACGACCAACGAUGACGAAGGCGGCCACAGUGACUCUACAGAGGGCCACGAUGAAGAUGACGAGAUUUACGAGGGGGAGUACCAAGGGAUCCCCAAGGCUGAUUCAGGCAAGGGUAGCCUGGCCGGAGGGCCAGGCUCAGUGAAGGCCGGUGCUCAACAGCUCCGAGACAGUGGGACGACUGAAGCUGAGCGACGGAAGGACCAGGAAGAGCUGGCUCAACAGUAUGAGACCAUUUUGCAAGAGUGUGGUCACGGGAAGUUCCAGUGGACCCUCUACUUUGUGCUGGGGUUGGCUCUUAUGGCGGAUGGUGUGGAGAUCUUUGUGGUUGGGUUUGUUCUUCCCAGUGCCGAGAAGGACAUGUGCCUGUCUGAACCCAACAAAAGCAUGCUGGGUCUGAUUGUAUAUUUUGGGAUGAUGGUUGGAGCUUUCCUUUGGGGCGCUCUUGCGGACCGGAUAGGCCGUCGGCAGUCUCUUCUCAUUUCUCUGUCUAUCAACAGCAUUUUCUCCUUCUUCUCCUCCUUCGUCCAGGGUUACAGCACCUUUCUGUUCUGCCGACUCCUCUCAGGUGUUGGGAUCGGCGGCUCGAUUCCCAUCGUGUUUUCUUACUAUUCUGAAUUUCUGGCCCAAGAGAAGCGCGGCGAACACCUCAGCUGGCUCUGCAUGUUCUGGAUGAUUGGAGGAAUAUACGCAUCCGCUAUGGCCUGGGCUAUAAUCCCACAUUACGGAUGGAGCUUCCAGAUGGGCUCAGCAUACCAGUUCCAUAGCUGGCGUGUUUUUGUGUUGGUGUGCGCGUUUCCCUCAGUGGCUGCCAUUGCUUCUCUGAAUGCCAUGCCAGAGAGCCCGCGCUUUUACCUGGAGAAUGGAAAACAUGAUGAAGGCUGGAUGAUUCUAAAGCUUGUCCACGAUGUUAACAUGCGAGCUAAAGGAUACCCAGAGAGGGUAUUUACUGUCACCACAAUCAAGACAGUGAAGCAGAUGGAUGAGUUGGUGGACACUGGCACAGACACGCCGGUCUGGCAACGCUACAGACUGAAGAUUAUGAGUCUGACACAACAGAUACGGAAUAACCUUGUCGCCUGCUUCAGCCCAGAGUUUAAAAGGACAACCUUCAUGCUCAUGGCGGUUUGGUUUACCAUGUCGUUCAGCUACUACGGCCUGACGGUGUGGUUCCCCGACAUGAUCAAGUACAUCCAGAAGCAGGAGUACGAGUCACGCACUAAAGUGUUCACUAAGGAGCGAGUGGAGCACAUCACAUUUAACUUCACCCUGGAAAACCAGGUGCACCGCCAAGGAUACUACUUCAAUGACAAGUUCCUCAACCUGAAGAUGAAGUCGAUGGUGUUUGAGGACUCGGUGUUUGAGGAGUGCUACUUUGAAGACAUCACAUCCACCCACACCUUCUUCAGAAACUGCACCUUCAUCGCCAGCUUGUUUUAUAACACAGACUUGUUCAAAUACAGACUUAUCAACUGUAAACUGGUGAACAGCACAUUUCUCCACAACAAGGAGGGCUGCAUGCUGGACUUCAGUGACGACUUCAACAAUGCCUACAUGAUCUAUUUUGUCAGCUUCCUCGGGACACUGGCAGUGCUGCCAGGCAACAUUGUGUCAGCUCUGCUAAUGGAUAAAAUUGGCCGUUUACGGAUGCUGGCUGGAUCCAGUGUCAUAUCUUGUGUCAGCUGCUUCUUCCUGAUGUUUGGCAACACUGAGUCAGGAAUGAUCGCCCUCUUGUGUCUGUUUGGUGGAAUCAGCAUCGCUUCAUGGAAUGCCUUGGAUGUGAUAACCGUGGAGCUUUACCCCUCAGAUAAAAGAACCACAGCUUUUGGAUUCCUGAAUGCCCUCUGUAAGGUGGCGGCCGUCUUGGGCAUCAGCAUCUUCCAGUCUUUCGUUGGCAUCACAAAGGCUGUCCCCAUAAUUUUUGCUGCCAGCGCACUCGCUGUCGGUAGCUUUCUCGCUACAAAGUUGCCUGAAACACGAGGCCAGGUGUUACAGUAAAAUAAAUGUUCAUCAGUAGGCAGCGGAAAACAGCUGGAGUGUGCGCAUGACAACUGGAACACAAACGUCCCCAAGAGCCUCAGCGCUGCCUGUCAAACACCACGAGGACAGAGUGCCACUCCUAUUGUAAGCCCAGAAUCCUCUGAAACAUGGAUUAAGUCUUUACACAAGUCAUGACAACACAACUACAGCGUAGUAGUGACCAGAAUAUAACACUUUAUUCCAGCUACCCUCUCAGGUACAAUAAAACAUCAGACCUGUUAUUUAACAUGCGCGUUACCGGAGUAACACAACCACACCUGUUUUGAAGGUGUAUUACACACAGAAAUGUGGUACAGUUAUCAUAAAAUGUUAAUUUCUGGGAACACCGGUUUGAGGGAUUCUUAGAAUUCUCCCAGUGACUCACAGGUUUAUUGCCACAAACAACAGUGAAAUGUCAAAGUGGUUACACAAAGAGAUAAGACUUAAAAGAAGCCAUUUCUGGGGGAACAGUGUGAAAAAGUUUUUAGUCUUUGUUUGUAGUCGUUAAAAAAAAAAAAAUAAUAAUUGAAUGCAGUGUUUCUUUUUGUCUAUCAGUCUGUGACUUUUAAUUACAUGGUCACUCCUGUUAUUGUCAGUCUGACUUUAACCCAC